GCAGCAAUACUUGUAUAGUCUGGCGGAAACUCACACAAAGAAGUACACGGAAGUCAACAAGAACAAUUUCCACGAUAGCGUUUUUAUUGUUGUUAUUUAGACGUUUAUAAACACCCUGGAACCUAAAAUAUGACUCAUUUAACUGCACAGCAUCGCAUACUUGCCAUAUGUAGUGUUUAAUUCGCGUUGGAGACAGGACUUGGUUGAUAGAUGUUAUCUAGGUAACGCUACCUAGCUAUCUGCUAACGUUAGCUAACAAUGGCUAACUGUAUGGUUUUUCACACUCAAAUAGCCUCCAUCAUGGAGGUGCUAGCGAAUGCAGCCGUGGCAGAGAUCUGUAAACUCGUAGACGACGACUAUGCAGUGUUUCGUUUGGAAAUAACUCAAAGCCACAAAGAAAAUAGGGCAUUGCGGAGGAAACUACUGGAACUGAAGGUGGCACGGGAGCGCGCAGAGAGGACAGUGCGAGAGCGCGUUCUCGCCAGUCGUCCCAGUAGUGUCAAGAUCGUCGACCGAUACAGAGGAAUGGCAAAAGGUGAAGGACAUCUCACUGGAGGCCACAGGAGCUUUGUGAAGCCAGCGGGACACAAUACAUGGAGAGAUGACCAACCAAUCACUGUUGAUGAGGGGAGUGGAACCUCAACCCAGCACAUUAUCGUGAUAGAGUCUGCAGAUGCAGAGGCUACAGGUCCUGGGGUCAAACAGGAGAGGUCUGAAGGAGAGGAAGACCUACGGCACAGCAGCGACAUCCAGGCUGGAGCGCCCCCUGUAGCCACGGAGGACCCUGCCCCAGCGCAGCCCAGGACCCGACACAGCAUCAGUGGAAUGCAGAACGCUGUCCUCAAGUCAGAGUCCGACACCGAGACUUUAACUGUAACACACAGGUCCUUACACACAGGAUCUGACCACAGAUCAGACCCAGAGAGACUAGGGCCACUGGGCUGUCCUCCUGCUCCUGGCUCAGAGUAUUUACCAGUAUUUCACCAGAGCCAGAGGACGGUUCAUUCCCGUGGGGAUGGUGAUGGUGACGCGUUAGACACUGGCAGUGAUGAUCCAUCUUGUUCUUACGCUACAGAAAUAGAUCCUGGCAAAAUACCCUUGGUUUUAGAGACACAGACUGAUCUGUCUAGAGGGGACUGGAACCGGUACAGUAGUAGUAUAUACUCUAAAGGGUGCUUAGAUAAGAAAGGGGAGGUUAUAAUGGUAGAUGAGGUGAAAGUGGAGGGCGACGCUCCUCCCACAUGGAAUGCAGAUAGUCACCUAGGAGAAGGACACUCGCAGGGCAGCGAUUUCUUAAAUUACAGGGGAAGCUUAGAGACAAAUCUAAAUGUCGCCACCCACUCCUCUUUACAUGCGUUCAGGGGUCGUGACCCAGUGUUCACGUCGAUGGCACCUUCUGAUUCACAUGGCGACGUCCUUUUCGAUCAGGUAUUGAACUCAAACAACACGGCUAGAGCCCAGGCUCAGGGAGAAGGAGCCACAUCAGGCAAUAGUAAAGAGAAAAGAUUCCUCUGCAUGUUCUGUAACAAAGGCUUCAGCUGUCCCCAGAAGGUGGAGAGGCACCAGAGGGUCCACACAGGGGAGAAACCCUUCAGUUGUACCCAGUGUGAGAAGAGGUUCUCCCGCCAGGACAACCUAAAGAUGCACCAGAGGGUCCACACAGGGGAGAAACCCUUCAGCUGUACCCAGUGUCACAUGCGCUUCGCCCUGGCAGGCAACCUGAAGAUGCACCUGAAGGUCCACACGGGAGAGAGGCCAUUCGCCUGUACGCACUGCGGGAAGAGGUUCUCCGAGAGGAGAUACCUCAGGAUACACCAGCAGAAAAACCAUGCCAUUCUAUGAUAUAGAAAGUAACCAUUCUACUCGAUAGCUUCUGACGUUUGGAUCAAACCCUGCAUUAAAGACAAAGAUGAAUUUGUCAGCAGAAAAGAUCCACUGAUUACUUUUGACUUACAUAGCUGCCUUUUUUCAGUAUAGCACUCAAAUGUAGUGGGGAUGGGUAAACUCUCCAUGUUGAUAGUGUGUUUAUCUGUUUGUUCGUAUAUGUCUGUGUCCUCUGUAUCACCUCUCUUCCAGGAGGAGAAUCCAGACUGUCGAUUUAUAUAUUACACUAGAUGACUGAUAAGGGCGCUGUUUUGAAACCGCACCUCCAUCUUGGCACUCCCCCACCCUUGUAAAAAAUAUUUUGCGUCUUUUACUAACCGUUUUGUACACCAGCUUCAAACAACUGAAAGUAUAAUAUUUUUGGUCAUGGAAAACAUAUUUCACAGCGGUUUAGAUGGUAGAUUGAUUCUCUGCAUUAUACUUACUUGUUUUGUCACAAACGGAAAUUAGUUGAACUAUUUAAGCAAUAAGGGCAAAGGAGGUGUGGUAUAUGGCAAAUAUACCAUGCCUAAGGGUUGUUCAUAUGCGCAAUGCGGAGUGCCUGGACACAGCCCUUAGCCAUGGUAUAUUGGCCAUACAUCACAAACCCCCGAGGUGCCUUAUUGCUAUUAUAAACUGGUUACCAACGUAAUUAGAGCAGUAAAAAUACAUGUUUUGUCAUACCCGUGGUAUAGGGUCUGAAAUAACAUGGCUGUCAGCCAAUCAGUAUUCAGGGCUCGAACCACCCAGUUUAUAAUUGAAUUUGAACAACCAGGAAAUGGGGGAGCGAUUUCUGCAUAGAGCAGCAUUUUAUUGAUAACGACCUAUUGGCCAGUGAGAGGCUUUGAAGCUACCGGUAAGCCAUAUUGGCACUCCCCAGAAGGAAAUGUAUUUAAUACAUGUAAUUUUGUCCUUGAAACAUUUUAAUACAUGUCAUUUUGUCCUUGAAACAUUUUCAUUGAAAUACUGCAGAAUUCCAUUCAUUCCUAUGGAGGACAUGCUCCUUCUGGGGAGUGCCAAUAUGGCUUACCGGUGGCUUCAAAGCCUCUCACUGGCCAAUAGGUCGUUAUCAAUAAAAUGUCACAAUAAGAUGCAGAGUGUUCGAUUUGCCUGCUUGGGGGGAAAAGAGACCCCAGCUCCUCUAAAACCAUUGACAACUGUGUGCCGUUUUCAAGGGAUUGUUAAAUAAAUGUUAACUAUUUGGUUGUAAUAUCA